UCACAAAUCAUUCUACAUCAGAAUAGAAACAUGCAGACCUUUGUAUUUGCUGUGGUUGUGUUGUCCGUUGCCUGUUUGGCGGAAAGCAGGAGAGAUAGACCUGUUGGGGGGCUAGGGAGAACCAAAAACGCUACCCCAGAGAUACAGCAACUCGUCGAUUCCGUUCAAGAUGAGAUUAUCGGUCAGCUUCCUUUGGGAUACGACAGGGAGCAGCCCAUACAGCUGCACGCUGUCACAUACAGGGACCAGAUAGUCGCUGGAAGGAAUUACUUCAUCAAGGUCGAGACCGGAUUCGGUCGAUACAUCCACGUCAGAAUUUACAAAGACCUUAGCGGCAAUGCUUCAGUCACCAGUGUUCAGAUACAGAAGUCUCUUGCAGACCCUAUUGAAUACUUCUAAACAAACCUGUUAUAAAAUUUAGAGCUGUAAAUGCUGAAAAUAAAAGAAGGCGGUAACAGUA